GAAAUAUCUAUCCGUCAAUAAACCGCCAGAGUUAAGUUAUGUAAACCCCGGUUCGACGAAUAUGCCGUAAUGCGCAUAAAAUGAAAAUAUCUCGUUAUCUUUAUCUUUCGAGGGUUCGGAUUCAUGUUUUGGGAACAAGUAACCUCUUCUCUGCAACUAUGGGUGAAUUUCGGUUCUAACUGUAAUCAAUCUUCCCCUUGUGAACUCGUGAUAGCAAUCCGAUGUCCCUAUGUGUCAGUGCUGGUAAUAUCAAUAGGUGCAUGUUAUUCAAAUCCUCAAGCUACUUGUGGAUGAUACUGCAUUAAAUUUAACUGCAAGAUUUGGGGCAAAUUGUGCCGGGUAUCUUAGGGCUCGAGCAGUUCUUAGCCACUUGAGGCGGAACUGUUUUCUGUGUUGGAAAGGAGCUUCUUAACCUUGAGGGAAUUAUGGCAAGCAUGGAAUCAAUUUGCUGUGGAUGGAGCUACCAUCGUGAACAAGUUAUUUUAUUAUGUUAUGUUUAUGUCAGGCACUUUGGUGGUCUGUUCAAAUUUUAUUUCACAUCCUCAGUUAGAUAUGUUUCCUGAGACCAUGGACGAAGAUUUAACAUAAAUAUCUGGCACUCUUAGUACAGUACAGUACAGUACAAAGAUGUAAGAUAACAGGAAUCCAAUGACAACCGUUAUCAUUUGCCAAAAUGGAGUUGACCUUCCUCUUGAUUCUGUCCGUGUAGCAUAUUAAUUUGCUCCUUCGCGAAUAAUUCUGGUUCAUAUGUACUAUACCUUAAGAGAAGAACAAAGCAAUCAUGAAACAAUUUGUUGAGAACAAACUUUUUUAGUUGUAAGCAUGGGAGUCACUAGAGGUUCUGAAAUCUUUGUUGCAGCUUUAGCAGUUUCACACUCGCAAAGACAAAGGGUGGAAACAAAGGAGUGCCGUGGAACUGAAAAAGCAGUGGAUGCAUGAAAACUCUAUCUUUUGUCCUUGUCACAAGAUAGUGGAAGUAUUUUAAUUUGUAAUCUCUUUACAUAAAUAUAAUUAAGCACACAGACAGUAAAUAAUUGAUAUUAGUUGACAGAGGCCAUAUAUUGUUUGGAGCGUGUUUUAGGCUCAAUGCCUAUUGUGGGUUGUAUGUUAAUGGCUGCUAUUUUCCAGCCUUUUGGUGAACAUCAAGUUGCUUUUUUAGUAGUAGGAUUGUCAGGUUUGUGCACAUCUCAGGAAUGGAGAGCCACAGGAUUGUAUUGUUUGGAUCAUCCUGUCUUCUUUUCGGAUAAUCUUCAACUGAACAAGAAAGAUCUUAGCUUUCAUUUUUGAAGUCUAUUACCUCCAUCUUCUCAUCUUGCAAGAACAAAUGGAGCGUUAUAAGGUAAUCAAGCAAUUGGGGGAUGGCACAUAUGGAAAUGUUUGGAAGGCUGUUAAUAGGCAGACUGAUGAAAUUGUUGCUAUUAAAAAAAUGAAGAGGAAAUAUUACUCGUGGGACGAAUGCAUGAAUCUUAGAGAAGUUAAAUCUCUGCGCAAGUUGAAUCAUGCUAAUAUUGUAAAGCUGAAGGAGGUUAUAAGACAAGAUAAUCACUUAUAUUUUGUCUUUGAGUAUAUGGAAUACAAUCUGUAUCAGAUAAUAAAAGAUAGAAACAAGCUUUUUCCUGAGUCAAAAAUUCGGAACUGGUGCUUCCAAGUGUUCCAGGGUCUUGCAUAUAUUCAUCAUCACGGAUAUUUUCACCGUGAUCUUAAACCUGAAAAUUUACUGGUGACUAAAGAUGUUAUCAAAAUAGCAGAUUUUGGUCUUGCUCGUGAGAUUUGCUCGAGUCCUCCGUAUACUGAUUAUGUCUCAACACGAUGGUAUCGUGCUCCUGAAAUCUUGCUUCAAUCAACGCACUACGAUGCCUCAAUUGAUAUGUGGGCUAUGGGAACUAUCAUGGCAGAACUUUUCACAUUUCAACCACUGUUUCCUGGAUCCAGUGAAGGAGAUCAGAUCUACAAGAUCUGCAGCAUUAUUGGCAAUCCAAAUCAUCAGACAUGGCCAGAAGGUUUAAGACUUGCUGCUUCUAUGAAUUACCAAUUUCCUCAGUUCAAAUCAACCAAUCUUUCAUUGAUAAUACCAAAUGCAAGCGCAGAAGCCAUUGAUCUGAUGAAUUCUCUUCUAUCAUGGGAUCCAGUUAAGAGGCCAACUGCAGCUGAAUGUCUUCGGCAUCCUUUCUUCCAGCCAUGUUUGUACAUACCUCCAUCACUCCGAAUGAGAGAAAUGCAUCUGAAGCACCAUUCUCUGGGCAAAGAAGCUUUUGGAAAGAAUUCUGAGAAGCAAAAUAUUGAUUCAUCGAUUCUGAAAGCGCCUAGUAUUUUGCCAACUGGAAAGAAACAGUUAUUUUUAUCCACAGAGUUUCAAGGAAAAGGAGCAAGUGAAAGACAAAAUACAAACCCUGAGCGUUAUGUGGUCAGAAAUACCAAACAGGGCCAGUUUCAACUCCGUGGCAGUAGACAAGGUGCCUUAUGUGGGAGCAAUAAUGGAGAGGGCUUCAAGGAUGUCCCUGUUGGCUUGUCAGAAAGGAAAAUGGGGAGACGAGCUCUAGGACGUUCAUCUGGAACAGCAGGCACACAUUCAAAAGUUGGGUUUACUGAACCAUAUAUGGAUAUUACUACUGCCAAAAGCAGAGGGCCUUCUCUACAACCUCUGCAUUUUAAUAAUCACACUACAGGCAAUCAUUCUCACAGGUCAAGAGCAUGAUAAGUGAGAAAUGUGGCAUUGUUAAUUGAAUUCAUCUUUGCGGAAGAUUUGUGUCCUCUAACCUCCCUUUGAAAACUUAAAAAGAUUUUCCUAUGAUCUAUAAAACAGGCUGCGUUUCAUACUGUCUUCCGAAGUAUGGUUUAUUACUUUAUAAUAAUAUAUUGAAUUAUAGGAAUUUAUGUUGUA